AUGGUUACAAUCGCCUUGGACAUCCCAACCGACGAUUCGGGCCAUUUUUGUCGGUUCGUCCUUUUGCCUCUAUCAGCUCAAGCGAAGGGAGAGCCGUCAGGACCCAAAAUCGUCACAUCUGUUAUUCCUGGUCCCAAAACUAGAGCUGGGUUGCAAGAUCUGGAUAAGUUGCAGGAUACUCGUGCUGCCACCAUGAUGACAGACUUGGACAAGUCUAUUGGAAAUUACGUUGCUGAUCUCGAUGGUAACAUUUUCUUGGACCUAUAUUGCCAAAUCGCGUCGUUACCUUUGGGCUACAACUCUAAGGCUUUGAUAGAGGCAGCUACGAAACCGGAGAUGGUCCAAAUGUUGGUCAAUCGCCCUGCGUUGGGAGUGCAGCCGCAUUCGACCUGGGCAAAGACUUUGCAAGAGUCCUUCAUGAGCGUGGCGCCCAAAGGCUUAACCCAGGUCUUCACAGCCAUGUCUGGCUCCGACAGUAAUGAAACCGCUUAUAAGGCUGCAUUCAUGCAUUAUCAGAGACUUAAGAGAGGUAAGGACGGCGUAGUCACGGCGGAGGAGCUGUCAACGUGUAUGAAAAAUAUUGGGCCCGGCUCCCCAGACUUGGCAAUCAUGAGUUUUGAUGGAGGAUUCCAUGGUCGUCUAUUUGGGUCCCUUUCGACAACUCGCACCAAAGCCCUUCAUAAGCUUGACAUCCCAGCCUUCUCAACCUGGAUAUCGAGCCCCUUUCCGAGCCUGAAGUAUCCAUUGGAGAAGUAUCAAGGCGAGAAUGACAAGGAGGAAGCACGUUGCUUGGCAGUUGCAGAAGAAAAGAUAAAACAAGCCAAGACGAAAGCUCCGAUUGCAGCCUUGAUUGUUGAACCGAUCCAAAGUGAAGGAGGAGAUAAUCACGCCUCACCAAAGUUUUUCCAGGGUCUGAGGGAUUUGACAAAGAAGCAUGGAAUCCUGAUGAUUGUGGAUGAAGUCCAAACAGGCGUUGGCCCCACAGGACAUUUUUGGGCACAUGAAGCUUGGAACCUGACGAGCCCCCCUGAUAUUGUAACGUUUUCCAAGAAGUUCCAGGCAGCAGGUUGGUUCCAUCGGUCUGAGCUCCGUCCUGAUGGUCCGUACCGCAACUUUAACACAUGGCUAGGUGAUCCUGUCCGUGCAGUUCAAGCAAAGACGAUCCUACAUGAGAUUAAAUCGAAGGAUCUAGUCAAGAAUGCAGCGGAAACGGGAGCUUAUCUGAAAAAGGAGAUGUUUGGGAUCCAAUCGAAAUACCCAGAGCUCAUUUCGUGUGUUCGCGGUCAAGGAACGUUCAUUGCGUUUGAUCUGCCAACUUCGGACCAACGCGACCUGUUUGUGAACACGUUGAGAUCCCUGGGGGUGAACACGGGAGGAUGUGGGUCUUUGAGUAUUCGGUUGAGACCUAUGCUAGUGUUCCAGAAGAAACACGCGGAUGUCUUUUUAGAUGCGAUGGAUAAGGCAGCAAGCUGCCAUCAGCACAAGACAAAGUAA